CAGUUUUUUUUUUUCAGAUUGUCGUCGACAUUUGACAACCUAAACACAAUCGGGGAGAAAAAAACACACUCGCACGGCGCGAUUUUUCUGCGACGAUUGCAGAUUUUGGGACCGAAUUUCCCCGUGAACCAAAAUGGCAUCGAACUCACUCGUGAAUCAAAGUGCGGACGAUGGAAUUCCGUUGGAUUUUCUGGCCGAGAUGCACGUGGCGAUGGACUGUCUGCCCGUGGACGAGGCGGAAGCAGAACGACUGCUGAACGAACGGAAGCACAAGCAGCAACAGGCUCGCGAGCGGGUACAGCGCUUCAACGAUGCGUGGAGCAUCCAACCUAUUCCAGCGGUGAACGCAACGCCACGGAUCACGGUGGCCAACAACUUGGGAAUCAAUGGACGGCAGGAGUUUAGCAAUUUGCGGGACCCACGGCUCGUUGCCAAAGCCAAAACAAUUGGCAGCCUGCCGCUUGACAUCAUCCAACAGCCUGUGCCGCACGCUAGCGGGAUCAACAACCGGCAACAACAGCCCCACCACUACCAUCACCAGCAAGAUACGGUGGUGCCGUUGCAGCGAGACGAAGUGUACCAGCAUAAUGUGCCUGCCGUCGUGAAACCUUUGGAGCAUCGGGGUGUCUCGUAUUCGGACAAUGAGGAAGAUGAUGUCAUAUUGCUGCCGCAAGAGCACGAGGAACUGCACCGAGCAGCAAGAGGUCGUUCCAGGAGCCCAGGUUCUCGCAAUCCACGGUCGCGCGACACUUCCCGGACACGGGUCCGGGGCGGUCAUCGUUCAAGGCGCCACUCCCGCAGUCAGUCUCGCAGCCCCACGCAUCGACGUCGCAGGCGACCCACACGCUCCAGGAGCCGCCAUCGCAGCCGAUCCUACUCACGGUCGCGUUCUAGCUCGCGUAGCUCGGAACAUUCGAACGGGACGCAAGACUCGCGCGGAAGAUCGUCGUCGCGCCGCAACCGGCAGCAAGGCGGCUCGGACCAAACGGUCAUGAUGCAAUCCAUGAUGUCAAUGGUAAUGCAGAUGGUUAAUAAUGGCAUCUUGAUGGGAGCGUCCAACCGGGCACAAGUCCCAGCAGGUUGUGGCCCCGCGGCUACUCCUGUAGCGGUGGACCCGGGCGCCACACCACAACUGACACCAGCUGCCUUUCGCAACAUGUUUGCCAAUAGACACUGCUCCGACCGGGGUGGUCAAUUUCCGGAUGAAGUGGUCAAUCUUACCGAUAGUUGCUCGUCGACAGUAGUCGAGCAGAGCGAGGACACUAGGCCGAAAUACGACGUUUCAACAGAGCUAUUUUUGGAAGGUAAGCUUAGUUUUGCCGACUUCCUUGCUCUGAAGCCGUCGGCGAGAAGCGAUCUGAUCGUUCCGAUUGAUCCGCAAGUUCCCAAACGAAUCAACGAAGCCAUUUCGAUACUGGAUCAGCAAGAUACGAAGAAACAUUCGACCCGGUUCCUGUACGUUCCGCCAACCUAUUACGACAGUGAAAAAAAGGAAGAACACCUCCACCAUCGCUCUCCGUUGGCCUGGAACAGUCAGAACGUACUGUUCGAGAGUACAACACGUUCGAGGGAGGUGAAGCAGUGUCAACCGUUUAGCAAUCUGAAUCUGAAGCUGAAGGAACUGAUCGUGAAGCUGGGCCUUGACGAGGGGCUCGUUUCGCAGCAGCUCGAACAGGUGAAGCUGGCGGCAUCGCUACAGAAGAAUGACGGCGAUAAUGGCAACCGGUCUGCGGUUGGUGCGUCGACAUCUUCUGCCAGCAUUCAGGCCAUCACAGUGUUGCCCCCAAAGCCGGGCACUGGCAAAGUACGUCAUCUUAUCGAUCGAGAAGCGCAAACGGACGGUUACGCUUGCAUAGAGUGCGUUGCACGGAAAGCCAAAACGAUCAUUACUACCUCCACACAAACCGCUGCGGCUGCCCCGCGAAAGGACAUGGAAGUUCAAACCAACGGUCCGCCACUGUCCGCUCCUAACGUGUUGUCGCUUGACGGGUUGAAUGCGAACCAGAUUGAAACGAUCGAAGCGAUCGUGCGCUUCGUCCGCACCCGGCAGCUUGCCGGUUCGAUUGAAAGUGUACAGCACGCACUGCGAAAUGAUCGUGUGACGGCAGCCGGAAUGACCCCGACGGUACAGCAAAACGCUCAAAGACUGCUGUCUCAAGUGAAAGCGGACCUACAGCGAUCCGGAACCUUCCCGGGAAGCAGCCACGGCAGCAGCAGUAGCAGCAACAUCAACCAUAACCACAACCACAACAGCAUUGCCCAGUAUCAGGGUUAUCAACAACCACCAUUACCUGCUCAGCCUGUAUCUCAUCUGUACGAACAACAGUUACGAGAUCUGCGGAUGGGCCACCGGCGUGGCAGUGGCAUUACACGAACAUUCCACACCACCUCCGUGUCCGAACAGAUCUUUCCGGCGUGCUACGACAGCCAUCCGCCAAUGUCGAAAAAGAGCAAGAAAAAAGGGAAACAACUCCAUCAUUAUAAUCAGCAUGGUAGUUGGUAGGAUAGUUUAGAAAAGAUACCACCUCCAUUUUAACAACCUGAAAUCUCUUCCACACGUGGUGUGGCCAAGUGCGUGCCCACUGAUAUGAUUAAAAAAAGCAUAUGUUUUAAAAAUGUUGAACUUACCUACCAUGAUUGGUUUGAGUAAAUUGGAUUUUACGUUUCUCAUAUUCUAUUUUUCCGUACUCGUGAAUAAUCAUGAACUCAAAUUUGAAAAAUAAAAUUUAUUUCUCAUCCUGAA